AUGUCUCACGCCAACGAUGACGAGGACUAUUUUCUCCCCCUGGAAGACCAGCGUGUCUUUGGGGCUGGUAUUCGACGAAAACGCGUGCCCUUCGUACGGUCAUCAGAGCAUGAGCUCAACACCACCACUCCAGCGACAACAACCGCCCUAUCCUCGAACUCCGGCGUGAGCAUAGCCAAUAAAUACCUAUCUAUCGUGUUGCCAAAGAAAGAUCAAGAAGAAAAGCAAACAGAGGAAACCCAUACUACCAACCAGAACAAUAGAAACGUCCCCGGCGCAUCCCAACCCGCCGCUCCUGAACCCAACAACGAGCGCUGCGAAGUCUGCAACCUUCCCGUAUCCAGCUCUACACAACCCGCCGGAGACGGCGCAGAACCUUCCUCGGCUGCUCGACCACACGAAGCUUCUCUCGCUCACCAAGUAUGCAUGACACACUCCCAUCCGCCAUCUCACUUGGACAGAAACCGCCACGGUCUGCGCUAUCUAUCUGCCUACGGCUGGGAUCCGGAUAGCAGGUUAGGUCUCGGAGCUCCAGGGCGCGAGGGAAUUCGUGAGCCGGUGAAAGGGCGAUUGAAGGCCGAUACGGUGGGUUUGGGUGUCAAGCUCGAUCGACCCGCCAAAGACAGCAAAUCCGGUGACGGAGUGAAGGCGGCUAAGGUGCAGAAGUUGAAUGCCAAACAGGCGCGCAAAGGGCAUUUCGAUGCUAAGAGGAAGGGCGAUAGAUUGCGGGAGAUGUUCUAUCAAAAUGAUGAUGUUCAGAGGUAUCUUGGCGGUGGUGGGUAG